AUGGCGCUAAAGCCAGCGUCACCCCCAGACGCAGCACCGACGACCCCAGACGACCUCGCUUCGCCGCCAGCCUCCGCAGCACCCACUGGACCAUCGACCAUCUCCGAUAUCCCUGUAUCUCCUAAUCCAUGGGACGAUGUGCCCACAGCAGCGAAGGGGGACGUGAAGACGGAGAAGACAGAACCAAAGCACUUCGCGGCACUCGAUCCGACACUGUAUGAACAGCCGAUCUUUGCACCUAUUACACCGGCGACCCCAACGCCCAAGCAUGAUGUCGCAAAGGAGGUCCUGAGCGAAUUUGAUCCUCUUGUUGCCAGUCCGGAGGAGAAGGCUGCGAGAGACGCAUGGGAGACAUCCGAAGGUCACCCUCCUGCACCCCAACCCGCGCCUGUGCCUGUUACACCCCCGCCUAGGACACCAUCGCCUCCAAUGCCGCCUAUGAAGGACCUGUAUAUCUCCUCCCCGACCUCCCCAGACCCGACAAUUAUGUCUCCUGGGGCAGCACCCUCAGCUGCUGCUAUCACCUCCCCGUCCUCCUUCCCUUCGUUCGCCUCGUUCGCUAAAAGCUUCGCGCUACCCCUCGUUCGCUCGCGUCCGCAGUCACUUGAUGGAUCGGCCAAGGCGGUCCCGUCGCCAUCGACGCUGUCGUCUUUCGCCUCUCAGCAACAGGAUGCACAGCAGAAGGGUGAUGCACGCGACGCGGGCAAGGCUGUGGCGUCUGGAUCGGCAACUCCUAAUCGCAGCGGCAGUGGCACCUCGUCGCCCGUCCCCAAGCCUGCCCUCGACGGCGGUUUCGAUUUCCAGAAGUUCUUGGAUCAGAUGAAGACGAAGAGUGCGGAGCCCGUUUCGAAAUACCUGCGCUCGUUUUUGAGCAACUUUGCUAAGAGGACGUUUACGGUGAACGACCAGAUCAAGAUUAUCAACGACUUCCUUUCAUUCAUUGCAGCACAAAUGCGCGAAUGUGAGGUGUGGAGGAACUCCUCGGACGCCGAGUUCGAGAACGCGAUGGAGGGCAUGGAGAAGCUCGUGAUGAACAGAUUAUACGAUUUUACUUUUACACCCCAACUCGUGCACGCCGUCCCUCCACGGCCGAUAACGACAGAUGACCUGGAGCGGGAUCGCGUUUUGUCGCAACGGAUAGCGCUAUUCGGCUGGAUAGAGGAGAAGCAUCUUGAUAUUCCUGAGAGCGAAGGUAGCAAAGGAUUCUUGAUGUUUGCUCAGCAAGAGCUGCUGAAGAUAAACCAUUACAAGGCGCCUCGAGAUAAACUGAUCUGUAUAUUGAACUGCUGUAAGGUUAUCUUCGGUUUAAUUCGCCAUUUACAUACAGAAGAAGGCGCCGACUCAUUUGUUCCAAUCCUAAUCUUUGUCGUCCUCAAAGCAAACCCAGAACACUUGCUAUCUAAUGUCGAGUUUAUCAAUCGUUUUCGUAAUCCAGAGAAGCUGCAGAGUGAGGCUGGGUAUUAUCUUUCGAGUCUGAUGGGUGCUGUGUCGUUUAUUGAGACGAUGGACCACACAUCAUUGUCUAACAUCACUCAAGAGGAGUUCGAGAAGAAUGUCGAAGAAGUUAUACAAUCGCUACCACAGUCAGAACCCCAUUCGCCUGCAAUAGCGUUUACAGAAGCAAAUCUUCGAGGAUUCGCCGAAAAGCCCUCUCUGCACGCAGGCGAAGAGGCCGCCCAACCACUAGCCAUCUCAACACCAACUCAAACUCUGUCCGAAGAUGCGAAACGCCUACUCCAGAAGACCGGAGACACAAUAUCGAAACCGCUGAAUGCUAUCGGACGUAUAUUCACCGAGGCCUUGGAUGGAGCGGAGAACAAGCUCUCAUACCUACCAGGUCCUUUCGCGCCCUUCGAGCUGGGCCGUGAGAACCGAGCAGAGGCUUCUGGAUCAGGUCAGUCCCAAUGGCAACCUCCAGAAGUGUGGCAAGCUGGCCCUGGCACGCCACGGUCAGCGACAACACCCCAUACGCCCUACCAAUACGACCCGCCCAACAGUGCGCCAAUCCAAACACCCUACAAGCAGCGCGUGCGCAGGCAACCGUCGCCUUCCUACCCCUCUUAUCCAUCCACUCCAGGCCAAUCACCAGGGUACGGGCCCGAAGAAACACCCUCGCGAAUAGGACCAUACACUCACCAAUCUCUCGCCAUGGGCCCCUCGCAGCCCUUCUUCCAGCAGAGCUCUCUCCUGCCCCCACGUGUACAGACGCUUGCGGCGAAUGAGGCCGCCGAGGCACACAUCUCCCGGACGCCGACGCCCGCACUUGAUCUCGCGGGCGUGCAGGCUCAGAUCGACUCGGCACAUGAGCAAGCCGCCGCUGCGUCGCGCGCGACGCUCAGGCAGAUCUUCCCCGCUGUGGACGUGGAGGUGAUAGAGUGGGUGCUGGAGGCGAACGAAGGUGAUUUGGGGAAGAGUAUAGAGCAAUUGCUGGAUAUUAGUGGGGAGUCAUGA